CGACCGAGAGCGGCCUUGUGCGACCGCCUCGACCAGUAUACUUCCAACCUGUAGUGGCGAGUGAGCGCUUAUCUCCGGGGCUCCUGGUGACUUGAAUGCCUGUGUGAGAGAGGACGUCGGCGGAACCAAAAUGGCGGAGGAACUGUCGGACUAUGAGGAACUUUUGAUCGCUGGAGGAGGAGGAGGAGGAAGCCUCGUUGGAGGAGGAGGAGGAGAUAACGCCACCGCCAGAUUGGAGGAACUGAAGGUGGCCCUCGAACACUUCCAGAGUAACACGGAUGUCUUCUUCCUCAUAACCAUGGGAACGAUCGUGUUCUUUUUGCAGGCCGGUUUUGCCUUCUUGGAAGCUGGUGCCGUGAGAUCGAAGAACACGACCAACAUUCUGAUCAAGAAUAUGUUGGAUGUUUUCAUCGGCGGGAUCUCCUACUGGCUCGUGGGCUACGCUCUGGCCUUCGGAGAGGGCAACAUGUUCUGCGGGACCGUCUACUGGGCCUCCGUCGGCGUUCCUGACGAGCGGCUCGCCUUCUGGUUCUUCCAGUUCGUGUUCGCCGCCACCUGCGCCACCAUCGUCUCGGGCUCCAUGGCUGAGAGGUGUGCCUUCAGCGCCUACUUCAUCUAUUCCAUUAUUUUAACAGCCUUCGUGUACCCCAUCGUGACUCACUGGGCGUGGACGGAGGAGGGCUGGCUGUCCAUCCGCGGCUACCAGGACUUCGCAGGAUCGGGCGUCGUCCACCUCACGGGCGGCGUCGCAGCUCUCGUGGGCGCCAUCAUCCUCGGGCCGAGAAUUGGGCGCUUCGGUCCCAACGGGAGGGAGAUUCGCGGACACUCGGUGCCGUUUUGUAUCGCGGAAAUACACGAACACUACAUUGACCCAGUUCUAAAUGUGGGACUGGCUGGUGUAAGCUGUGGCCUGCCAAUUGAUAUAACACAGAGAAAAUCCACAGAGAGAAAGUUGAAAAUUGAUCAGAUAAGCAAACAUAUAAGUGUUGCUGCGUACGCUCGCCGACUGAUUAAGAGGCUUACUGGUCACUUCUAUUCACUGAAAGAGCCCGAUACAACUGCAGAAAUUAAGUAUAAGCUCGCUUUGAGUCUACACAUGAGCGUUGUCACUGUGAGCGGGAGGUACCAGCUUGUAUUACCCGUGGGGGAUGGCUUCCAUCCGUCUGUUCGGGUUCCUCCGCCUUCAACGGGGGCCUCCCAGGCCGUCCAUUGCCAGAGGGGCGACGCGGCGGCGGUGGCCAAGUCCGUCGUGAACACCGUCAUCUCCGGCUGUUCCGCGGGCAUCGUCGUCCUGCUGCUGUACCGCUCGGGCCUCUGCGGUCGCACGCACGCUUGGUCCUUCCUCAUGGCCCUCAACGGCGCCCUGUGCGGCAUG